AUGGAUAGGAAACGUUUGCGUAAUUGCCGUUCAACCUUUUGCGCUUUGAUGUGAACUUUAUAUCGAGCAUAUUUUAACACUUUGUGGCCUGUUUUUUGUGAACAGACUCCAUUUUGAAGGACCCGGUGAGCAGCAGAGAAAAUGCUUUGCAACUCGUCUAAAGAAAAGGAAGCCGUCCGUUUUCCGGGAUUUUUGGUGGCAGUCAAAGCCAAAGCAAUACUUCAAGCUGGGGGUUGGGAGGCAGUGCCGAUUGGUCCGCUUUCACAGACAGACACGGGCAGUCAGGGGCUGCAAGGGGCAGGUCGACAGCUUGGAAAUAGUAAUCAUUUAUUGGAAUAAGGCAUUGAGUGUGAGGUAACAAGGAAUUGGAAAUAUAUAGCAACGUAAAUGGGUGUUUCGCUUAGUAAGUAAAAUGCGUGCAUAUAUUUAUCUUUUGAAGGGGCCGCUGGUGGAGUAACUGCUAUCGCAAGUAGAGAGAGAGUAUGUCCACAGGAUCCUGGCCUAGUAUUGCUGCUGUUGGCUUCUCCUCAUCCGGUUUCACAAAUUUGGAAAAUAUCAUAUUAAAUGAUAGAAAUGAAAGGUUUGACAGUUGUUUUUGCGGUGACCGACUUUAAAAUGGAUGGAGCCUUGCCAGCAUGAGUCGGCCCUAUGAACUGCCCACCAGAGAUGCUCAGGCCUGCUGCUCUGACCCAACAUUGACCUCUGGCCCCAAUGACCCGGUUUCCUUCUCCUCAAAGCGCCAUAACCCCAAUUCUAGACCAGAACCACAACGUGCCAUGCAACUGUCCACCGCCCCUGCCCUCAAACCUCCAUCAACCUAUGGGUUAAUCCAUAAGAAAAUAUCUUCCUCCUACAGCCCACUGCGAAGGCUUCAGGACUUGACAACCAUGGUCAGCCACCCAGACCUGGUCAUUCCUGGUGUUGCGGAUAUGGCCUCCAAAGGCUGUAGGGAUGAGUCACUCACCCAGAAUGCUGUUGGAAAACCUGACAUUAAGAAUUCCUUGGCCCUCGUGGAUACCCAGCAAGGCAGCAGAGACAACGAUAAAACGAAUCCCAUUGUGGAGAAGAAGAGUGAUGGUUGCUUCUCUGACCCACCCAGUCCAGCAUUCUCAUUGGACAGCAACAGCCCCUUUGCAAAUGGUUACCUGCACUUUGAGUCCACUUUGUUUGAUGACGACGAACAAGAGGCUGAGGAUGCAGCUUUACCUCUGACAGGCAGACAGAAAACAGUUGGAAAGUCACAUGAACCUGUUCCUGGAUUUUUAAACUUGAAGUUACAGAAUAUACCAGAGCCAGGGCUAUCCACUAUCAAAGGCUCCCCUGGUGGCCCCCCAUUAACAAUGUGUGAUGGGUCAGACGAGGAAUGGGGAAGUGACUGUGAGCCGCUAUCUCUUGGUAAUAGCCCCUCUGGGCCUGCAAUGUAUGGACACUUAUUUGGUGUCUGUCAACAGAUGGGCAGCCCAAAGAAGAAACCCCAUCCACCUGUGAAGUUUUUAGAAGGUGAAGUUAUAUGGGCAAAAUUCAACCGAAGACCCUGGUGGCCUUGUAUGGUGACCAUUGACCCAGUACAGGGAACCUACCACAAAAUGAAAGAGCCCAGUGACCGGUCUUGUCGACAGUACCACAUCAGGACCUUUGGGGAGCCUGUGGAACUGGCCUGGGUUGCAGGCAAAGCUAUACACACAUUCAAUGGAGGCUUUGAGUUCCAACAGCUCCCUAUGCUACGCAAGAGAGGAAGGCAAAGGGAUGUCGACUACAAAUAUACUAUACCCGAGCGGUUUAAGUCAUCUUGGAAAACCAGUGUGGCUGAUGCAGAAUCUUUUCUCUCAGAGCGACCCAAAACCUCUUUAUCUUACUGUAUAGAUACAACACUACAUGAUGGGUCCACAUCAGGAAAAGAGGGCAGGGCCCUUCCAACUCCCCCUUCCUCCAUUCUCUCAACAUGCAUACCCACUGCACAAAGUAACUCCAUAAAUGGAACCUUGUCACAACAAAAUAAACCUUCCCCAACAAAAGGCACUUCCAAGAUGCCUAAAAGGAAGAAGAAUCCAAGUAAAGGACUGAAAGCAAAAAAUAAGUGCAACACUAAAAUUACUUUUGGCAGUACAGACAAGCCAGAAGAGGACAUGAAAGACUGUCCAUAUUCAGACCUUGACUCCAUCCCGAGUAUUUUGUGUCCUAAAGCACUUGAGCGUCACUCCAAACCUACUCUGACUCAGCCAUCAGUUCUAGCAGUAAAAGAGGUGAAGAAGCAGCCUGAAGUCCACACUGGCCUGUGGUUCAGCAAACCAGGAAAAGAUAGGCGACUCAAUACUACUGCGUCAAUAUCUAACCACAUUCCCUUCAGCAAGGGCCCAUGCAAGAAAAAGACUCAAACAGCAACCAGUAUCAACAAAAAAACUCAUGCCCCCAGUGUGGCCAUCAAUGAAGACUCUAAUCAUCAAUUAAAGUAUCCAGUGUCCAGUGUAAUAGUCAAAGAUUGCCCUGCUGAUGAGUCAAAUACUCCAGUGUCCAGUGCAACGGUCAAGGAAAUUAGCAGUGGUCAGUCAAAUACUUCAGGGUGUAGUGUAACAGUUAAAGAACAAUCUGUUGAUCAGACAAAGACUCCAGUAUCCGGUGUGACACAGCUGUCUGAUCAGUCAAAGGCCCAGGGAAAACCGUCUACACAUCUGCCUGCUAGCAACCGCCUGAUGACUAGAGCUCUUAAAGCUAUGGAAGAAGCAGAACGGAAACAAAAUAUUUUGUCCAGCUUAAAGCCUGGCUGUUUUUUGUCAAUGGCAGAAGACAAAGGCAAAUCUACCCAAAAAAACUCUGAAAAACCAGAGACACAAAGUCACAAAGUAAAUUAUACAGAGUCCAAACCCUCAGAAGUUGACAAUGAUCAGAAUAGAGGUUUGACAAAUGGCUCUACCUCAUAUUUUCACAACUCAAUGGAUGCAGAGGUUAAAACUGAAGAUGAAGGCUUUUCGGUCUCCCAGACACCUGUGGAUUUUAUACCUCUGACUUCUGGGAAGGCAAAGAAAAAAAACUCUGUGUCUGAUAUCUCCUGUUCCUCUCCCUCACCAUGCUUCUCUCCCAUGGAUGCUUUCAAAGACAUGGAAGAGUUGUCUUUUGAGUCCCUGAAAUCAAGUGAGGGUGAUAGGAAACCGGUGUCUUUUAAACCAGACACCAACUACAAGUUCAGCACAUUUCUCAUGCUUCUGAAGGACAUGCAUGAUACCAGGGAGAAAGAUGGUACUCCUUUGGAGCUGGAAAUUGGACCACCUAGUGCCCAUGUAAAAGAGGAGCCAUCUGUGAUUCCACCCUUUCUAUUAGAAAAGUCACACAGUGAAAGCCCUAGCUUCAGCAAAAGUCAAAAGGUCAAGAGCAAAACCAAGACCAAUUCUAAACCUUCUCUGAAGGUAGAAAUCCCACAUCUACAAGGUAGAACAAAGAAGGUCUUGAAACGGCCAGCCAAAAAGAAAGGUUUGCCCAGGGCAAAAAAGACACCUAAUGGAAAAGUGCCUUGUGGUAAGAGGUCGCCUGGACCUGGUUUCCUUGGCCUGGAAGCCUCACACCACAUUCCAACCAACGCUUUGCAGAAGUUUGACCAGGAUUCAGGGACAAUUGGGGAUGUGGCAGAGGAAUGCACUGGGCUAACAAAUGAAAGACUACAGAAAUCAGUGCCUUUGGAGGAGGGUGGAACAGACUCAUCACUGUCCUUUCAGCCAAAGACAGGGUUGGACCAGCAUAUCAUCUCUGCCACAAAUUCUGAAAGCAGGACUCCAUGUACUGGGGAAGUGCAGGAGGCUCCCACAGUUCAAAAACGAAUUCGAAAACCAAGCAAAAGACUGAUAGAAUGGACUGAAGAGUAUGAUCAAAUCUUCUCCACAAGGAAGAAACAGAAGAAGUCACUUCAGUCUGUGGGAAAGGUGGAACAGUCCAAAAAAACAGAUCCCCAAACCAGAUCAGGGAAAACCACACAGGACCACACCCCACCAAAGUCACUUUCUGGAAUACAAACGCUUCCCCCAAAAGAACCAUCAAAGUCCUCCAGUGGACAAGCCCCUGUCCCAAUAGUGGACAUUCUCCCUCAGGAUGCACCCACCCCAUCCAUAGAUACUCCAACUCUGCUUUCUAAUGCAGACUGUUCACUGUUGAGUGAUGGCCUGGCAAAGAAUGUUGGUGAUGCUCCCUACUUGGAAACCAUCCAGAAGAGACAGAGGAAACCCACUCCAAAGAUUCUGGAAUACUCUCUUGAAGCAGAGGCUGCUACAAUCCUAAAGAAAAAGGUGUGGAGAAGUGUGAUGGUCAAGUCCCUAAAGACCAGCUCAUCAAGCCAUGCUGUACAUUCAGGCUCUGGCCGUAACUCCUCUAAAUUCAAGAUCAAGCAACCCACUACAGUCCCUCCUGCAGCCUCCCUGCCAAAACCCUGCGCCCUCGAACCCUGCCCCCUGGCCGCGAGCAACCUGGAAAAACAGACUGACUGUGACCUCACCACACCCUCCACUGAAGACACCAAACUGCAUAAUGAUGGGAGGAACACCCUAGACCUGGAGGGUUCUACAUUCAGUUUGGAUGACAGCUUUUCAUCCACGAUGGAGGAGUCCACAUUAUGUGACGAUACACAUAAUAAGGUCAUUGAAGAAAAAGGGGGAACGGCCUUACUGAAGGAGAAUGUGUGCCAAGUGUGCGAGAAGACCGGGGAGCUGCUGCUGUGUGAGGGCCAGUGUUCCGGGGCCUUCCACCUCCAGUGUGUCGGCCUCACAGAGCCCCCUAAAGGGAAGUUUGUCUGCCAGGAGUGCAAGUCUGGUGUCCACGCCUGUUUCGCCUGUAAGAAGCCCGGGGAGGACGUGAGGCGCUGUGUGAUCCCGUUGUGCGGGAAGUUCUACCACGGGGAGUGCAUCGCCAGGCUCGCCCCCGCGGCCGCUCUGCAGAGGGGCACCCGCUGCUCCCUUCACGUGUGCCUGGCCUGCUUCAUCGCCAGCCCUGUCAGCCCCUCUGUCUCCAAGGGUCGCCUGGCGCGGUGCGUGCGCUGUCCUGUGGCUUACCAUGCCAGCGACUACUGCAUGCCAGCGGGCAGCGUGGUACUGGCCAACAACAGCAUCCUUUGUCCCAACCAUUUCACCCCCCGCCGGGGCGUCCGCAACCAUGAACAUGUGAAUGUCAGCUGGUGCUUCGUCUGCUCCGAAGGGGGCAGUCUUCUGUGCUGUGAGUCGUGUCCUGCAGCCUUUCACCGGGAGUGUCUGAACAUCGACAUGCCAGAAGGCAGCUGGUUCUGUAACGACUGCCGGGCCGGGAAGAAGCCCCAUUAUAAGGACAUCUUGUGGGUCAAAGUAGGAAGAUACAGGUGGUGGCCUGCAGAGGUCAGCCAUCCCAAGAAUAUUCCAGACAACAUCCUACGUAUGAGGCAUGAUGUAGGAGAGUUCCCUGUGCAUUUCUUUGGCUCCAAUGAUUAUCUGUGGACCUACCAAGCCCGAGUCUUCCCAUACAUGGAUGUGGACACCAACAACAAGGAGAAAAUGGGGAAAGGUGUAGAUGCCAUCUAUAAGAAAGCUUUGGAGGAAGCUGCUCGCAGGUUUCUGGAACUGCAAGCAGAAAAAGAACUGCGACAGCUUCAGGAGGACCGAAGGAACGAUAAGAAACCCCCUCCAUACAGACACAUCAAGGUGAAUCGUCCAAUCGGGAAGGUGCAGUUCAUCACGGCUGAUCUAUCAGAGAUCCCACGUUGUAACUGCAAGGCGUCAGAUGAGAACCCGUGUGGCAUAGACUCAGAGUGUAUUAACCGCAUGCUGAUGUACGAGUGUCACCCCCAAGUAUGCCCUGCAGGUGCCAGCUGCCAGAACCAGGCCUUCACUAAGCGCCAGUACAGCCAGGUGGAGAUCUUUAGGACCCUGGCCCGAGGCUGGGGCCUCCGCUGUGCCCACAACAUCAAAAAGGGGGAGUUUGUGAAUGAAUACGUAGGAGAGGUUAUUGAUGAGGAGGAGUGUCGAGCCAGGAUCAAACACGCCCAGGAUAACGACAUCUGUAACUUUUACAUGCUGACUCUGGACAAGGAUCGGAUCAUUGACGCUGGCCCGAAGGGGAACCAGGCCCGCUUCAUGAACCACAGCUGCCAGCCCAACUGUGAGACCCAGAAGUGGACGGUGAAUGGAGAUACUCGUGUGGGACUCUUUGCUCUUAUAGAUGUCCCUGCAGGCACAGAGCUCACGUUCAACUACAACCUGGAGUGUCUGGGGAAUGGGAAGACUGUUUGUAAAUGUGGAGCUCCAAACUGCAGCGGCUUCUUAGGUGUCCGACCAAAGAACAACCCCCCAGCUGAUGACAAGGGCCGCAAGCUGAAGAAGAAGGGCCAGGCCAAACGGAAGAACAAGAUGGAGGUGACCAAAGAGAGGGAGGACGAGUGCUUCAGUUGUGGGGAUGGGGGACAGAUUGUUUCCUGUAAGAGACCAGGCUGCCCCAAGGUCUACCACGCAGACUGUCUGAACCUCACCAAGAGACCUGCAGGUCGAUGGGAGUGUCCUUGGCACCAAUGUGACCUCUGUGAUAAGGAGGCAGCCUCCUUCUGUGAGAUGUGUCCCAGCUCCUACUGUAUACUCCACCGCGACAGUAUGCUCUUCAUUUCCAAGCUAGACGGACGGCUGUCCUGCAGCGAACACGACCCCUGUGGGCCAGACCCCUUGGAGCCAGGGGAGAUCCGGGAGUACCUACCAGACAGCAGGCGUCUCUCACCAGGCCUGGGGACUGACAUUGUCCCCCCUCCUGCUGCUUUUAAGCUCACUACCAGUGGGACGGGGGAACUGCAGCGUAGCCCUAGCCCUGAGUAUUUUCCCCCUCUCCCCAUCUCUGACCCCAUCGCUGGCCCUCUCCCUAUCGCUGGCCCUCUCCCCAUCUCUGACCCCAUUGCUGGCCCUCUCCCCAUCUCCGGCCCCAUCUCUGGCCCUGUCCCCAUCUCUGGCCCCAUCGCCAGCCCUCUCCCCAACUCUGGCCCCAUUGCCAGCCCCUUCUCUGGCCCCAUCGCUGGCCCUCUCCCCAUCUCUGGCCCCAUCGCUGGCCCUCUCCCCAUCUCUGGCCAAAUAUCUGGCCCCAUUAUCACCCCUGUACCCAGCACUGAGGUGCCCGAUAGCCCUCACCUGUUCCUUCCCCAAUACUCACCAAUCUCAUCCUAUGGAGAUGAGAAAGAAGACAUGAAGGAAAAGUUGGGAGAUGAAGAAUGUGAUGAAGAGGGUAUAGAAGGAAAGUUUGGGAAUGGAGAGAUGGAGGGCUUUAAGCUGAAAGAUGAAGAGGAGGAGCAUGCAGAGGAGGAGGUUGAAGAAGAGAAGUAAAGUUUUUUUUUUAAACCACCAUUUCUGUAUCUUGGCUUAUAAUUCCAUACAGAACAGGGGGAGACACUGGCCAACCCAAACAUAGAAUAGCUCUGUCAAUCCCACUCUUCUUAGUGUCCAGUCCAAUGUGAUUGAUCUGCAGGCCUGCCAUGGGGGAAAGAGGGUACUAUCUUGUUCUUGAGGGUGGGAUUUAGUACACCAUCAUGCAGAUUACCACGUUGGUUAAGGAUCUUUUAAUUCCAGUCCUCCUCGUUAGAAAAAUAGAGUGAUCUAUUGAGGGAGUUCCAGAGUUGCAGAGUGGUAAUGUCACUGCCCUCCAGAACAGCUGCAAGACAGCUGUUCAGCUCCUGGUUGCAGUAUACAAAUAAUGCCGGGGGCCUCGCAUGUGGCAUUGCAGAUUGGUUCAGCUUUGUCUGGGGCUGGUAGAUGUGGUGUUGGGUAAGGGUUGUAUUGCCUCAUCACAUUCUAGUGACUCCUUGUGGUGGGUCAGGCACCUGCAAGCUCAAUUGUGGUUGUCAGCCCAUGAACUUGUUCUCCUUCAAGAACAAAGAAACUGGCUAGUAUAUCAUGGUUAGCGAGCAUUGUGAUGAAAAGCAGAAAUGUCCUCUGGUGGGCACGUCUUGACUUUAAACCCCAAGCUUGACAGUUGACAAUUUGCUGUGAAGCAAGGCCAUAAGGGCACAUUUGAUUUCAUGGAAUUGGGUAGAAAAGUAGGUAUUAAUUGCAUAGAAUAUAUUGGACUUCAUUAAAACUACUGGGCCCGGUGGAUUUAGAAAUUGCAGGAUGGUUCAAUGGGGACUAGAGUUGGUGUGCUGAAAUCAUGUAGGAUAGAGGUUCCCAUGGACCCCUGAACACUUUCUGGUCAGUAUUAGCUUUCUUCGCUAAUAGUCAAGGUUAUUGUUUGAAAUGUGCCUAACCGCACAAUUGGCUGUAAUGGGAAAUUUAGUCAAAUAGUUUUGACUGAGUUUUGCUUUUUGAACGUGUCAUUUCUGAACAUCGAAAUAUUCAUAUUUGAGUUCAUAGCAGCUAACUCAUCUGAAGCUUCAUUGUUAUCAGAGCGUGGGACUGAAGAAUAGAAGAACAGGACUGAUAUUCCACAGAUAUUCUUUUAUUAAAAAGUAGCAAAAGUGUGUUUGAUCUGUCUGUCAAGCUGUUUUUCAAUGUAGCAACUCUCCCACAUGGCACAAAUGAGAAAAGCUGUGAAAUUAGUAUGUUAGCCAUGGAAAUUAUUAGUCACACUUUCAAUCAGUCAUUUCAUUGGUGUGCGUUGCACAGUCUAUAUUCAUUCCUGCUGACAUCUGCCUUACCAUACCAAACUAUACAGACAACUAGGUAAUACAUUUUAAAUCAAAUGGCUGUCAGUAAAUGUAGGCAGGAGCGAGGCAUGGUGUUGAACAGGCCAGUAUCCUGAACCUCGACAGCCCUUUUCCCCUAACCCUGGCAUUUCCUUGACAGUAGUUCUUCUGUACGGAUGUGUGUUUGGGUGUGGUUGGCUGUACUGUAGGUCUUUGAGCACAAGCUUCCUCACAUGGUGGAGCUAUCCCUUCAAACUGAAAUGAACCGUUAAUGUGAAAGUGCUGGUGUGUAUUCAGCUGUUGAGUAAUCUACUCAGCGUAAAACUUAGCACUAAGAUAGCUAGUUCUCUGGUGUGUACUAGACACUAUAUGACAUAUUUAUAUUGACUUUUAUAACGCACAAAUGACUUAUAAUAGUGAGAUUGUCUAUUAAAAUAACCCAUACUUUUUCAGUCUGUCUAGUUUAUCACUACAAAGGACACAUCGGGUCCAUUAACCUGCUGAAAUGCUUGCACUACAGUUUGGGUUUGUCUCGGCUAGGUGUUCUGUGACUGUCCCUCUUGAAGCUUGUCUCUGUCCAGAUUUGUGUUGUGUCUGAGGUAUACAUCUUUUAUUUUAUUUUACCUGUGCUUAUGCCUUUCCAAUUGAGUAAAUCAGUGUUGGGGUUUCUGUGAAAGAAGGGAAGUGAUGUUGAUUUUGGAAGGCCAGAAAACAGAAUUAAGUGGAUUUGCCAAUUUCCAGUUAUGGGAUAGUUUUCCUUUUCUGAAAAUCAUAAAAUGCCUUUACCCCAAAUCUACACAAUAAGCAAUAUUUGUACUGCUUUAAUAUAAUCCAAUCUUGUCACUUUAGUCAUGAUAAAUUAGGCAGUGUCUUGUAUUCUUUACGUAUUAAAACAUAGCGGGUUUAGUUUGAAUUUAUCAUGAAUGGGAUGAUGCAGAUGAAAAGAUAUGUGCAAUUUCAUAUAUUUUAAUAGAAAAACAACCUUUAUAUUACUUAAAAAAUGGGUGAAAUGUUUCCAUGGGUCUGUUCUGUUUCGUAAUGGUUGCCAUGGUGCCCCCUGCUGUUUCUCCAAUAUACAGAUACAGGCACCCGUAUUCAUGGCGACCAAUAGUUAAAUAUUUAUUUAUCUGACUUGAACGUUUUAACCCAAGAGUUAUCCAGUAACUCGUACUUAUAUAUUUAUAGCACUAAAACGCCUAGGAAUUUUAACAACACAGAUAUAACUGAAGAAUCAGAAUCUGUUGGGAGAGUGUUUGUACAUUUUAGGCUGGCCUUGCCUGUCCUUCCAAAAUCUUAUGUAUAUACAUUUGUAGAUAAAAGUUAUAUGAUGAAUGAAAAAAGCAAGAACCUAAAAAAUAGGAGCAUGUAAAUAGUAUGCAUUCUCUGGUCACAGCUUUGUCAUCAACCUGUUCAACAAACAGGAUUACUUCAAUUUUACAAUUUUACAUGUUGCUUAUGGUUGAGUUGCUGUCAACAUAUGUGGUUUAUGAUAUUUUAUAUAGGCUAUAACAGCAUACAGAAUGAGGAGGUCAAGUGUCAAGAGUCAGAAUGAGAACCUCCCAACUAUCACUAAAAAAUAUUUGGCACUUGAUAUGAUAUGAGCCGUUUAUCUAUUUCCUUUAAUACUUUGUUUCUACAUUAUCAGUUAGACUACUCCAGCCUCUUCAAAUGGAUUCUCUGAUGUGGCACAAAAUGAGCGGACGCUGUAUCACUUUUUCAAUAUAACUAGCUACUCUAACAAAGCUGAAUAUUGAUUUUGAACAGCUUUUAUAUUCAUUUCUUUGCUGUCAUGCAUCUUAGCUACUGACUCCCUUCCCCCUCUGCCUUAUUUAGCCUUGUGGAAUUAAUCUAGUCAAAAUGUAACUGUUAAGGAGCUCAAGAAUAUCCUGCUGCCUUGUGUGGAGACAGAAGUGUUGUAGUCCUUUGUACAUAAAGAAUAUCUUGCUGCCUUGUCAGGAGACAGAAGUGUUGUAGUCCUUUGUACAUAAUAAAGAAUAUCCUGCUGCCUUGUGAGGAGA